UGCGCAGGAUAAGGAAACUCGGAAGGCGCCGCGACUUUCUUUUUUUCUGGCGGCCGGAAAGAUGGCGGACAUUCAGACGGAGCGUGCCUACCAAAAGCAGCCGACCAUCUUUCAAAAUAAGAAGAGAGUCCUGCUUGGGGAAACCGGCAAGGAGAAGCUCCCGAGAUAUUACAAGAAUAUCGGUCUGGGCUUCAAGACGCCCAAGGAGGCCAUUGAGGGCACCUAUAUUGACAAGAAAUGCCCUUUUACCGGUAAUGUCUCCAUCCGAGGGCGCAUCCUGUCCGGUGUGGUGACCAAGAUGAAGAUGCAGAGGACCAUUGUCAUCCGACGAGACUAUCUCCACUACAUCCGAAAAUACAACCGUUUCGAGAAGCGCCACAAAAACAUGUCCGUCCACCUGUCCCCCUGUUUCAGGGACGUCCAGAUCGGCGACAUUGUCACAGUGGGCGAGUGCCGGCCCCUGAGCAAGACGGUGCGCUUCAACGUGCUCAAGGUGACCAAGGCGGCUGGCACCAAGAAGCAGUUCCAGAAGUUCUGAGCUGCACACUUGCCCGCUUACCCCUUCACAAUAAAAGCUCUUUCUACCCACAGGCCAGGCUCCAGGUGUCUGCAUCCUU